AUGUCUACUGUGGACUUCACUCUCACGUGGUCCACGAGGCCGAAAUGGCCUCGUGAACCCCAAGAAAACCCCCCUAUGAGCCCCGCUGUUUUUUGGCUCCGCACAGACCCGCGCCGCGCCGCGCAGUACCGCGCCCGCGCCCGCACCCAGCGCCGCGCCGCGCGCCCGUGCGCCCGCCACGGUGCGCUCCACGCCGGCGCUCGCCCGUGCCCCGCGUCGGCUCGCGUCCACGCCAGCGACGGAGCCGCCCCCGCAUCAGCACCCGUCCCUCGCCGCGCCCGCGCCCCGCGUCGGCUCGCAUCCACGCCAACACCGGAGCCGCCCCCGCGCCAGCGCUCCCCCCACGCCGCGCCCGCUCCUGCCCGCGGCAGCGCCCGCGGCCCGCGCCCCUCGCGCGCGCCUCGCCAGCCCCUGCGCCAGCGCCCGCCUCGCGCCGCGCCCGCGCCCCGAGCCGCGCCCGCUCCCGCUCCCGCUCGCGGCUACGCCCGCGCCAGCGCCCGCGCGCAGCGCCCUCCCCCGCGCCUCGACCUCCUCGCGACUUGUCUGCAGUUAUUGAGGAAUAAUAUAUAG